GAGCUUUCGUCUGGGUACUUGACGAAAUUGAAGCACCAUUUGGCAGCAAUACCACAUGUUCAACUUUUGGAUGCGCUUGAACAACAGUCGAGUCCAAUUUUGGAAGCAUAUAUAGACCAAUAUCUAGAGAGCAAUAAAAACUUUGCCAGUCAUCCUCGGUUACAGCACAAGCACCAGCUUUUCUACUUGAAAGAUUGUAUGCAACAAGUUUUCGGUCGUAAAAGCGUUCUCUUUAGUGUGGAUAUGGAGGCCUGGGAAAUCAAUACUAAUGUGAUCACCGAAAUCGGAAUAUCUAUCUUUGACCCCAGAGGUCAGAUGAUGCUGAUGCUUCCUUCAACUAACCAGAUCCAUAUCCUUAUCCAGGAAAACUAUGAAAAGAGAAAUGGCCGAUUUGUUCCCGACCACUCCAGGAACUUUGUUGGCGGUACGUCGUUGAUAAUGACCAAAUAUGAAGCUGCCUGUUUCACCCAAACGUUGAUUGACUACUAUUUCCAACUACCCAACGCUGGAUUGAACUGUGCUCUAGUGGGCCACGAUGUGAAAGGUGAUGUGAAGUGGCUCAAGCAAUUAGGAGUAAAUUUUCCUGAUAAUAUAAAAACUGUAGAUACGAGCACGUUGUUCUCAAUUACCCAAGGGAAAAACGGCAAUAGCUUGAAGAACGCAUUGCUGGCUGUAGAUAUACCUUACUCGUUUCUCCACAACGCAGGAAACGAUGCCUACUACACUUUACUAGCGGCAAUGAAACUCUGUGAUCCCCUGUCUCGGUCUCUCUACGGUUUAGAUAUA